GCAUUUGGUCGUAGGACUCAGGCGUGCGCGUCAAAAGCUUGACAGCAUAAUGCGCGUUCUCGUGCUCACAAGGAUACGUGUUUACUUUCCUAACCACCUUUGAAUUGGGAGAGGGGGACCAACAGGGAGAAAUAGAAGAGAGAAAGGAAGUGGAUAUAUCAGUGUAGAAGGACAACACUAACUGGUCGUGGGACAGAGGAUUAUCGGAGUUAGCUAGACUGGUAAAGGAAACUGUUCAACCUUCAUCUUCGUUGCAGCGUUCGAAGUUGAAGUAUCAUCAAGGUCAGUUCUCCAAGGUCCGCUACGGAACUCGUCUUAAGAAACUAGGUGGCGUGGAGACCACAAACCGCCGGUGAGGAUGGAGCAGGCGUACGGAGCAGGCAAGGCUGGCGGAGCAUUUGACCCUUUGACGUUCUUUCAGCAGCCUCAAACAAUUGUCCGACUAGUAUGUUGGCUUUUCUCCGUAGUCAUUUUUGGCUGUAUUGCUAAUGAGGGCUACGUCAACCGACCGGACGAGAUUGAAGAAUACUGCAUCUUCAACCGCAACCAGAAUGCCUGUAACUAUGGUGUUGGCAUGGGAACGUUGACGUUCCUCUGCAGCGCCGGUUUCCUGGCGCUGGACAUCUACUUCCCCCAGAUCAGCAGUGUCAAGGACCGCAAGAAGGCCGUCCUGGCAGACAUCGGUGUCUCAGCAUUCUGGUCCUUUAUGUGGUUCGUUGGUUUCUGUUUACUGGCCAACCAGUGGCAGAUGUCUAAGGAGGAGGACAACCCACUGAAGGAGGGGGCAGAUGCGGCUCGGGCCUCCAUCACCUUUGCCUUCUUCUCCAUCUUCACCUGGGCUAUUCAGGCAUUCCUGGCUUUCAUGAAGUACAAACAGGGGGCCGACUCGUCUCUCUUCAACCAGGAAUACGCCGACCCCAGUCAGGAUCCAAACGCAGCACCCCCUGCUGGCACGGAGUACACCGGCUACACUGCUGACAUGGAGGCCCCGGCCAACACGGAUGCGGGCUACGAUGGCUCCGGUGGCUACCAGAGCCAAGACUACUGAGUGCAGUUGUGUUAUGUUGUGUCUAGGCUGGCAUGAUGCCGUCUGUAUUAUUGUAUAUCACUCAGUGUGGAUGAGUUGGGGACCUCUGGGCUAGGUUAUCAGGGACUUUGUUGUGGCUGUGUUGCGAUGGUAGCUGUUGGGUGGGCUUGAGUUGUGUUGUCUCAGAGUGGCAGUUAGCUACUGGGUGUGGGGAUCUGGGUCAUCUUUGGGGAUCUGGGUAUGAAUAUAAUGUCAGGGCUUUAGGUGGUGUUUGGGAUCUUUGUGGUGAAUGAGAUCAAAUGGGCUGGUCAUGUUACUAAAUUUGGAUUAAGGGCCUUUUACAUUUGUGGGAGGGUUGGAGACUUACGUGUUUCAGGAGUUUAUCUGUAUGUUGAUGACAUUGGUCAGGAGUGAUUUGGCGAGUAGGCCUUGUGUUUUUCUGUACCAGCUUGCCUUCGACUUCAGGGGUGAAGGGGAUAAUGUUACAGUGUGCUGCUCACCUUUUUAAAGAAACUUCAGUGAGCAGUUUCAAAGGGAGAAGAAUCACAGCCAAGAUUCUUCAUGAGAUGUUACACACAAACACACUCUUGUGAGAAUGCUUCAUUUUUACCCUAAGAUACAUGACCUUUGGUGUUUGUGUGCAGUAAAAUGAAUUACUGAUCGCCUGACUCUGUGUUUAACUGGUUUGUAACCAGGCCAGUUGAGUGCUACAGAGGACCACAGUGUCUUGGGUCUCCUAAUAAAGAACCAUAGAAAUGUGUGGAUUUCCUACUUAUUCACUAAUGGCUUCUUAUAAUCUACUGAGUCUAUAGCCAGUUACAGCUUUCAGACCUGCCAGAGCAUCAGAUGAUUAACCAUUUGCCCUCAAGCAAAAGACACUUAUCUCAUAAGCAUUUUCAACUCUCUUCUACAGUGGUUAUUUUGCAUGUCCCUCACACCUUACAAAGGCUCCCUAUACAAACAUGAAAUGCUCCACCUUGAUUACUGGGAUAUGCUACUGUACGGGAAAUCUUUCUUGGUUUUCAGAACACUUGGGAACUCUCAAGGCCUGUCAAGAGAGCACCCAAAUAAUUUUCACAUUUCAGGAGCCUAUAAAGGUCUGGAGAAGGUAUUAAAUAUCUAAGUAUGGCGUCCUUCUCUAAAAUGGUCUAAAUAAUCUUUUUUUUUUGUCACAGCUCACACUGGCCAAAUUUGACACAAUAAACUUUACAGUAUACAGCCUAUAUUUCAGUGUCAGAUAUACAGCCAUGAAAAGUAGCCUAACCCAUUGUUGUAUUUUGGCAAAACAGUUGCACCACUCAGAGAGGUUUGACAAACUUGUUCAAAACAUGCCUUUGCUCUGUCCACUCACUCUGUCAAGCUAGAGUCACCUACUGUAGAUAACAAGAGCCAUAUUUUAGAUCAGAAGAGGAACAAUGUUUCGAUUGUAAUGAGAGAUUUAAGGCACAGCAAUGCUAGAAUUCUGUUUAACCCAGUAUUUAAAAAACCCUUUUGCAACAUUCCAUCACCAAAACCAAUGAAGCAUCCCCAUUAUAUUCAUAUUCUUGACAAAGGCCUCUUGUAGCAUCACAGUAAUACUUGUAUACCAGCAAAUUAUCUCCAGCCAACCCUUGUGAAUGCUUUUCUCCCUGUAUUUCUGUAAAAUGGAUAUCACAAUGCAUUUUAUUUUUUUAAAGCACUUGUGUAUAGGCCUAAGUGCAAAAAUAUAUAAAGUAUACUCAAUGUUUUUUUUUUUUUUUUUUUUGUCAUUCAAAAAUGUCUAUAUAUUUUAAAUAUAUAAAUAUACAAACAUAUAGUGUAAAUGCACCACAUUAUUUUGCAGCAGAUAUGUAACUAUAUCUAACUAUAUCAGAAAGUGAAUUUUUAAAAAUGAAGAUCAUUUACAUGUAAAUGUAUAUAAAUAAAUGUAUUUGUCAUGUCUUGAUGUCAUGGGCACUGAUGUCACUACGCCGCUCCAUCCGGCAUCUUUUGUCUUGUUAUGUCUCUUGUUUGUGGAGCGCUUUGGGUUGCACUCUGUGCAUGUUUAAAUGCGCUUUAACAAUAAAACUGACUUGACUUGACUUGACAUGUAAAAUAAAUGAACCCAUUGUGAAUUUAACCCAUUGAUGGGAUAGUGUGUGUCUCAAUGUUGCUAUGUAUUUUAAGUGUAAUAGUGUUUAAAACAAAUUAUCGCAUAAUGCAAUUGGCCAAGGCAUGGAUCUGGCCAUGAUAGAGCAAAAGUCCACAGGAUUUGAGCUUAAUCAGAGUGAAAUCUAUUCCUUUGUCAGCUGUGUUUUCCAGCUGUGUGUACAAUGUGUUGUGUUUUCUGGAAUGGAAAACCUUUUGUUGUCUUCACUGGCUUUAUUGUUUUUUAAAGAAUACUUUGGAGCAGGAAAAAAGAAGAGUAGUGAUUAGACUCUUUAGUGUUCAGACUGUGUGAUACUUGUGUGCAACUGGAGUUGGGAAAAUACUUGUCAAUACUUUCGAUGUGAUGAAUGUUGAUUAAAUUAAUCAGUUAAACCACUUAAGGAAAAAUGUAUUUAUUCAUUUCUUGUAUGUUGCUUGAUAGAUGUAGAUAGAUGUAUCUGGAUUGUACUGGAGGGUCAAUAAAUGAGCUUAGUAUGUUUCACCUAGUCGCAUAUCUGUUCUCAUUUUGGUGUUUACUCAGAACUACAGUAGGAUGAAACUCAUAUUGUCAGUUACCAAAAUAUAGCAUUCAUAUCUUCAUAUUCCUCAAUAAAUAGCAUACAUAUCUUUGUAUUCCUCAAUAAUAA